AUGGAAGAAUAUAAUUGUGAAAAAGUUAAAUUGCGUCAUAAGGAAUGGAGAAAGAUUGUUAAAAAAGAACGACGUAAACGGGUAAGACAGAAAACCGCUCAGCUGAGAGAUGCCGAGGAGAAACAGCUGCAGGUGGCGCUCGAGAGAAGUGCGGGAUAUUUGAACUGGCUUCUUGAACAGAAAUUGUUGCAAGAGGAGAAAGAGAGGAAGAAAGCGGAAGAGUUGGCGGAACAAGAAAAACAAUGGCUGGAAAAUGAGCGCAAAGCUCGAGCCCGAGCGGAACAGCUGCGCCAAGAAGAAAUAAUAAGAAAAGAAUUUGAAGAAAAGCAAGAAGCGCUAAAGAAAAAGCGUGAAGAAAUAAAGCGUCUGCAGGACGAAGAAAUUAACAGACAAGUACAAUUAGAAAAAGAGAUAGAUGAUUACAUAGACAACGGCGUAAGAACUCCUGAAUAUUUGCGGUUAACAAGCGACACGCACCCAACAAAGGAGCCGUGUGUGUUCUUUACCAAAACUGGAGCUUGCAAAUACGGCGACGCUUGUUCCAGGAACCACCAAAGAAAAUCUUUGACCAAAGUGAUCCUAAUUCCCGGUUUCUACUAUCACUUUUCGCUGGAAAAGAAUUCUAAUGAGUAUGACACCGACGUGGGACUAGAGUUUGAGUCUUCAGAAACGCGUAAUCACUUCAGGGAGUUUUACAAGGACGUAGUACCUGAACUGGAGAGCUUCGGUAGAAUCCGGACUCUUAAGUGUUGCUUCAACAGCGACAUCCAUCUCAGAGGAAAUUUGUACGUAGAGUAUGAGACUGAGCGAGAAGCUGCCAGGGCCUGGAGGAAGCUCAGAAGCCGCUGGUACGCUGGAAGACAACUUAAUUGCGAGUUUGCUAAUAUUGUGUCCUGGAGGAACGCCGUCUGUGGGAUGUUCCACUGUCCUAAGGGUCGGGGUUGCAAUUUUAUUCACGCUUUCAGGAACCCUGGAGAUGAGUACGACAUCAAAAGUCCGCCUUGGCGCGCUGUUAGGGCCAAUAGAGAAUCCACCAACAGCCGGAGAGACAGGAUGGAAGAAGAAUCUAGGAGAAGAGAUGACACUCAUCGGAAUUGGAGAUGGUCUGAGUCCCCAGAAGUGGAGAUGGAAGAUAUAAGCUCGAAGAAAGAGAAGGAGAGACUGAAAUCUAGAAGACGAUCGGAAACUCCAUCCUCGAGGUCUGAAAGACAUUCUAAGGGUAGAGAUUCUAGGAGGGAUAAGAAGACUUCUAGAAGACAUUCGUCAGAAUCUAGGUAUGAUUAUUUUAAAAAGAAGAAAAGAAGAAGUGAUAAGGAUAAAGAAAAUGGAGAGUUGAGGGAAAAUAAAUUGAGGAAGAAAUCUAAAGAAGAUAUGGCAAGGAAAAGUGAUAGAGAUAAAGAAAAUGGAGAGUUGAAGGAAAAUAAAUUGAAGAAGAAAGUUAAAGAAGAUAUAAAAACAAAAUCUAGAGAUUAUGUUGAUAAA